AUGGCUGAAGCUCCCGAGCAAUAUAAGCGGCCGGUUCAGCCGGGCCCUAAACUCAAGAAAGAUGUGGUUGAAAAACUACUCCGGGAGAAGUCAAAUCGUGUCAUAAUAACACGAGUUGAAGAUAGAAAGAAAAGAUCCGAGUGUUGGAAAUUCUUUGGCUUCCCAAAAGUUGACGGGGUGACUUAUGAGGACAUGGCAGUUUGUCAUAAAUGUUUUACUAUUUACAAGUAUAGCUCGUCGAAAGGGAACGCACAAUUGAACAAGCACGUCUGCCCUAAGGACAUGUUGAAACGAGUGAAAGGGCAAUCAACGCUCGAUUUCCUAGGCAAGUCGAAAGUUGGCAGUAGUCAAAGCACAUCACAAGUGAAGCUCAGCAAACACGAUCAUCAAUCCUUGCAGAUUAAUGCCAUAAACGCCGCAGCUCUCGAUUCAAGCCCGCUUUCUCGGUACGAAAAGGAAGGCAUGAAGAUUAUGUUCAGAACGGCAGCAAGGUUUGGGGCACGAUACGGAGAAAACUUCGAUCUUGCGCAACACAUCGUCGAUCGGACAAAUCUAACCCGCAAUUACCUACCGAAACGUCAUGAAGACGUUCGCGCUGAUAUUCUCAAGUCUUUGAAUGGAGAUGCAUUUUGCACAACAACCGAUUUGUGGAAGGAGAAAUAUACUGGUAAAAGCUACAUGUCUGUCACCGUUCAUCAUAUUGACACUGACUGGAAUAACCUUAGCAGCUUUAUUUGGUCAACAACCGAAUACAACCUUGAGGAUCACAGAGCACCUAGUAUUUCCAAGUGCUACCUUGAAAACGUUCCUGAGGCUCCCUUUCGGCUUGUCACCACAGAUAACACCAACACCAUGCCAGCAGCAUUUCGCCUUCUGGACAGUGAUGAUCAAAUUGGAUGCAUUUCGCACAUAAGCUCGUUGGUUGCUAAAGCCUGCGUCACUUCCGAUGAGGCAGCCGAAGUAAAGUUGAAUGUGGAAGCAGCUAAGAAAUUAGUGGAGCAUGUAAAACGGACAGACUUGCAAAGUAAGUUAAUGACGACCCUUAAACAAACCAUAGCAACUCGAUUUUAUACCUACCGUGAAAUGAUUGGGUCUAUCAUCAACCGCUGGGAAGAACUUGAAAACAUUCUUGAUGCCAGAAAUGAGCUCAAAUAUUUAGAAGAUAUAAACAAAAUUCUUCUCAUACAGACUUCGUGUGUUUUAAGCCCCUGCAUGAUUGUGGCCUGGAGCUCGAGAAAGAUAAGGAACCAACAUUGCAUAGGGCACAUUACUGGGAAGCAAAACUUCAGGCUGCUUUUUCAGUUCACGAACAGGACAUGACGGCAAUAAGAAAGAUGAAAGAAGUUGGGAGGAAAGCUCUGUUGACAAAACUAAGCAGUCGACUUAACGUGUACCACGAUGUAGCUUCCGCGCUGGACCCAAGAGUGGGCGAACCUACAGAUGAAGACAGCCGGCGGAAGAUUUGUGAAAAGAUCGAGAAUGUUCACGAUCGUAUCACAGGUGUAGAUGGCGACGAAACUCGUGAUGAUAACGACCAUUCGCUUUUGUCUGACGGAGAAGACUCAGAAGAGGUAACUAAACACAAGUUACCGCUGGAUUUCAAGAUUUUAAUAUUGUUAUUCUGUAAAUAUUAUCGAUAUGUUUUGUUGCAUUUUUGGAAUAACGUUACAAAUUUAUAUUGUUUUCUUAUUGUUAUUACAUAAGGUCUCAGAAAUUAAGUCCCCCCACUCCGAAAAGGAAGAAGAAUCCUUGUGA